AUGGCUCCUGGAAUGGGAAUUAAAGCUCCGGUCCCCAGGACACGAACGGGUUGCCUGACCUGCCGCAAACGCAAAGUCAAGUGUGAUGAGGCAAAGCCUAUUUGCGGACGUUGUCAACGUCUCCAGCGAGAAUGCACUUGGAGUGAUGAAUUACAAGUGAUUCCUCAUAAACGCCAAUUCAGCCCGGCAUCUGGGUCCUCAACGGAACAAAGCAAUCAGCUGAGCAACUUACUUUCCGGUCAGAACUUUGUGAUUGAGUUCCCCAAUCUUGAUCGCUCUACUAUCCCUUACAUGCACCACUUUAUCACGUUUUGCUGCCGCUUUCUCGCUUAUUCCAAUGAUAACGAGGGCAAUCCAUUCCAAGAAGAUCUCAUCCCCCUUGCAAGUUCAUCCCCCGCUUUGCUCCACUCUAUGACUGCUUUAGCUGCGGGUCAUCUAUCUCGCAGUCAGCCUCAACAUGUCAUUACUGCCGCCAAUCACUAUUCCAAGGCUCUCCGCGAAUUGAACUCAAGUCUCUCAGAUCCAGUCAUUGCCCGUGCCGAUUCUACCUUGGGAGCCUGCCUACUCCUAUGUGUGUACGAGAUAUGCCAAUCCGAAAGCUCUCUCUGGCUCGAACAUCUUCAAGGAGCACGAGACUUGAUUCUUUUCCGAGGUGGCCCAAAAACUAGCGAUUAUCUGACAAGAUUCUUCUCUCUGCUCGACAUAUCCGGGUCUCUCUCCUCCGGUGGCGGUCCCUUGAUUCAAGGCAAUUACUGGAUGGACGACACCUCAAGCCAAGAUCCUGGCCAAGGCCAGCCUCGACGUCGCUGGCCGUACUAUGAUGACGGCAAUGUCAUGACCAACCUUUUCCACGAGCUAAUGGUAUUCAUGGCUAAACUCUCACGCCUUUCAGCUUUCUCGAUGAGCGAUCUCGGCGUUCAACAGCCAGAAGAGAUAGCUGCUCAAGCCGCUGAAAUACACGAUGAGCUUUUGGUAUGGUGGCAACAAUGCCCUCCUGCUCUGCGAGAUCAAAGCAACGAUUGGAGGACCCAAGCACGCCCUCGCAAGUUAACAGUCCCCGAGACUCUCGAAGAAGAAGCAUUUUCCAGUACCAAAUCCUGCAAGGAUGGCUGCAUCAUUUACUUGAAUCACAUUCUCGACCCUCUGGGCGGUCAACCCCAGAAACAAGAAGUUAUUGAGGCGAUUGCAGACAUUCUGGAAAUCGCGAAAGAGAUGCCAAGAGGGUAUGGCUUGGAGAUGGGAUUGUAUUGGGGGCUGUUCAUGGCUGGCAUUGCUAUUUUUAAUGACCCGGCUGCUGAAGAAUUAAUCCGGUCAAAGUUGAAGGCGGAUACAAAUUCUAAUAUUUACCAUGCUGAUCGCGCUCUCGACCUACUCGAAGUAUUGUGGAAACGACAGCACCAGUAUAGUAGGAAGUACGACUGGAGACAAGUUCAGGUCCAAAUGGGCAUCCACAUAUUCAUCCUAGCAUGA